AUGGAUUAUAGUAAGAAUGUUCCAACAGCAUUGUUUAUGUGCCUUAUAAGUGGUUUGUCUACGGCACUUGGAGGUGUGUUCAUUCUCUUGAUGAAAGAACCAUCGUUCAAGGUCUUGGGCUACAUGUUAGGUUUCUCAUCCGGUGUUAUGAUAUACAUAUCAUUCCUCGACCUAUUGCCAGAGGCUAUUGAAGAGAUUGGAUUCCUCCCUGCCAACUUCUAUUUCUUUGGAGGUAUACUAUUCUUUGCAUUGAUCUUGCAAUUGGUACCUGAUGCAGAGGGUGAGGAACAUGCUCAUGAACCACCAAAGGUGGCCUCAAAGCCACAGAAGGAGGUGAUCAAGGUUGGCGACCAGGACAAGGAGGAGGUCGACGAGUCAGACAAGCAAGAGGACAAGCAUGAUGAUGACAAGAAGAGCAAGAAGAACAAGAAGAAGUCUGAGAAGUCUGAGAAGAAGGAGGUUCACUCUGAUGAGGACAAGAAGAAGAAAGCAAAGGAUGCAUACUUGGUCAAGCUUGGCAUUGUGACCGCCAUUGGUAUCAGUUUGCACAACUUCCCAGAGGGUGUGGCUGUGUACCUUGCAUGUCUAAAGGGAGCCAACGUCGGUAUCCCUUUGAUGCUUGCGAUUGCCGCUCACAACAUCCCCGAGGGCAUGGCUGUGGCCGCACCAAUCUACACUGCCACCGGAUCCAAAUGGCAGGCGUUCAAGUACUGUCUGCUCAGUGGACUCUGUGAGCCAGCUGGUGCCAUCAUCUUUGGUCUCAUCUUCAAGGACUACAUGUCGCCCUAUCUGGUGCAAUGCAUGCUUGCCGCUGUCGCUGGUAUCAUGAUCUUCAUGGCCAUCAAGGAGUUGAUGCCCGCCACCCUCAAGUAUGUCAGCGUCAAUGCCGCAACAGUGUCCAACGUGAUUGGAAUGUUUGUGAUCUUCCUGAGCAUUUACUGGCUGCAUGGAAUGCUGCCACAUGACCAUGGACAUGGACAUGGACAUGGCUCGCCAAAUGAUCAUCUGGCAUUUAACGAGGUGCAUCACAGUGAUGGUGUCCAAUUCGACGUAUCCAAGAUUCAACAACAUCAUGGACACAGCCACGGUGCCGGAGAUCAUGGWCACAGCCACGGAGGCAGCCACGGUCACAGCCAUCAUGGACAUAGC